AAGAUCUGUUCUGUCGAAGAUCACGUCGUCGUUGUCGCCGUCGCGAUCGGUUGGUUGUAUAAAAGCGGAACGUUCUGGGGCCGGUCGGAGAUAGUAUGGCUUAGAGAGCGUGACAGGACGUUCACAGUUUGCCAGGUUCGCCCAGUUUCGAGCUUCGAGUUGCAGGCAGCGCGCCAGUUUCUAGUCAGCCGCAGUGACCAGUUUGUUGUGAGUGAUUGCUUGUGUCUGUCUGUCUUUCGUGUACCAAGGGAAGUGUGUCUAAAGGGACUGAUGAAGAUGCAGACGAGAGCAGCAGCAGCAGCAGCAGCCUGGUUGGUGGUGCUGAUGGUAUGCCUGUACGGUACCACCAUCCUCCCCGUUGCGGCCGUUCCGUUCGAUGGAUACGAAUAUCCGGCACCGGAUAAUCAGCUCACGUACCCGGCAUGCCAACCGAGCACCUCGAUCGUCACGUCAACGAUCACAAAACCAACGACGGUCCUGCGGACGGACUACCGGACAGUUACCUCGACCCGGAUCGUUCCAACGACCACAACCGCCACCGUUCGCCAAACCGUGACCGACGUGCAGUACGAUACGGUGACGGAAACGUUGCCACCGAUCACUUCAUUCCGUACGGAAACCCGCACCCAAACCGUGACAUCGCGCACCGUCGAAACGUCGUUCUUUACCGAAACGAUCCCCGUGACGCAAACGCUCACCCGAACCCAAACCAGCAUCCUGACGAUGCCGGUAACGCGGAUUGUUUCGACGACGCUCACGGACACGGUCACUAGCACCUCCGUACCACCGGCCAUCACCCGGUUCAACACGCUCACCAAAACGCUUACAACGACGCUGAUCGAUACGGAAACGGUCACGGAUACGUUGACCAGCACCCUCGUCCGGACAACGCCCGUGACGCAGUUCCGCACCAAGACGGAUACACGCACCGUUACCAGCACGGUACCGAAGAUCGUUCCGACGACCGUAACCAGCACGAAGGUGGAACGUUCGACGGUGACGCUGCCGUGUAACGAUCGCCAGUAUCUUCCGCCACCACCGCCGCCAACCUGCCCACCGCCAAACCGUGAUUAUCUGCCACCGCAGCAGCAAGUGGCACAAUCGGCGAACUACGCCCCAGCGCUCCCACCGAGGAAGGACGUUUCGUAUCUGCUCGGACGCAAGAACCUUUUCCAGUUGCUCUAGAGCACUAGAGUUUUCGGUUUUCUUUUUCUUUGCCACCCCC